UCCAUUUCUAACCGCUGCUGCCUCGCGCUUUCUCUGUUAUCUCUCUCUCUAUCUUUGAGCCUCCUUUUCAAAGAGGAGGCAUCGGCAAGCAGAUACACUACAUACAUAUAUAGAGGAAGAGAAGCAGCUUACAGCAAACACGCGCAACUAUGUGUGGAAUUCUAGCUGUGUUUGGCGUUGCUGACAACUCCCAGAAGAAACGCUCCAGGAUUAUUGAGCUGUCGUCAAGGUUGCGACACAGAGGACCUGAUUGGAGUGGGUUGCACCACCAUAAGGAUUGUUAUCUUGCUCAUCAGCGUUUAGCUAUUGUUGAUCCUGCCUCCGGGGAUCAACCUCUGUACAACGAAGACAAAACAAUUGUCGUGGCGGUUAAUGGAGAAAUAUACAACCAUAAAGAACUAAGGGAGAAACUGAAGUCUCAUCAAUUCAGAACUGGUAGUGAUUGUGAAGUUAUAGCCCAUUUAUAUGAAGACUAUGGAGAAGACUUUGUGAAUAUGUUAGAUGGAAUGUUUUCUUUUGUGCUUCUUGACACACGUGAUAACAGUUUUAUUGCUGCUCGGGAUGCCAUUGGUAUUACACCACUCUAUUAUGGCUGGGGUCUUGACGGAUCUACUUGGUUUGCUUCAGAAAUGAAAGCUAUAAGUGAUGAUUGUGAGCGGUUCAUGACUUUUCCUCCUGGACAUGUAUACUCAAGCAAAACUGGAGGGGUACAAAGAUGGUACAACCCACCAUGGUGGAACCCAGCGUCCCCCAUACCUUCAGGACCUUAUGAUCCCCUUGUACUGCGACAGGCCUUUGAGAAGGCUGUUAUCAAGAGACUUAUGACGGAUGUACCAUUUGGUGUUCUUCUAUCUGGUGGACUUGACUCAUCUCUUGUUGCUUCGGUUGCUUCCCGCUAUUUGGCAGAUUCAGCAGCCGCACAAUGGGGGUCACAAUUGCAUACAUUUUGUGUGGGGUUAAAGGGUUCUCCUGAUUUGGGAGCUGCCAGAGAAGUGGCAGAUUACCUUGGUACUCGUCACCAUGAGUUCCAUUUCACAGUGCAGGAAGGAAUAGAUGCAUUAGAGGAGGUCAUAUAUCAUAUUGAGACCUAUGAUGUAACUACAAUCAGGGCCAGUACGCCAAUGUUUCUCAUGUCUCGGAAAAUCAAAUCACUGGGAGUAAAGAUGGUACUUUCCGGUGAAGGAUCUGAUGAAAUAUUUGGAGGUUAUCUGUAUUUUCACAAGGCGCCCAACAAGGAGGAGCUUCACCAUGAAACAUGUAGAAAGAUCAAAGCUCUUCAUCUUUAUGACUGUUUGAGAGCUAACAAAUCAACUUCCGCAUGGGGUGUUGAAGCUCGUGUUCCCUUCUUAGACAAGGAAUUCAUCAAUGUUGCAAUGGGUAUCGAUCCAGAAUGGAAAAUGAUAAGACCCGAUCUUGGAAGAAUUGAGAAGUGGGUUCUACGCAAUGCAUUUGAUGAUGAGCAGAGUCCAUAUUUGCCAAAGCACAUUUUGUACAGACAGAAAGAACAGUUCAGCGAUGGCGUUGGAUACAGCUGGAUUGAUGGUCUGAAAGACCAUGCUGACCAACAGGUUACAGACUCGAUGCUAGACAAAGCUAGUUUCGUCUACCCUGAGAAUACUCCAACUACAAAAGAGGCAUACCUUUACAGGACUAUCUUCGAGCGCUUCUUCCCUAAGAACUCUGCGAGAUCUACUGUGCCAGGUGGUCCAAGCGUGGCGUGCAGCACUGCAAAGGCUGUGGAGUGGGAUGCAGCAUGGUCCAAGAAUCUGGACCCCUCCGGUCGAGCAGCCCUCGGUGUCCACGCCUCUGCAUACGACAGCAACGGGAAGACAGCUGCUCAGUAAAAACACCAUUCACUACUGCCUGUUUAUGCUCCAUCUGUUUGUGGACUAUAUCUUGUCUAUUGUUAUCACUAUUAAGUAAUGCAUGCUACUACUAUCUAAAUAAGUUUUCUUUGACAGUUCUAUCCAUGUCUGUGUAUGACAAAAUUAAUAAAUUGGCAGUGUUCAUUUUGUA